GGCUGCGAGUGUUUAGAGGCAGCCUUUUGCAUUAAAAGGAUAAACCAAAAAAGAAGACAAUACCAAACCCUCCAAUAAGUCCCUGGGACCUGCAGCCUUUGGGCCAUGUGAACGAAAGAGAAAGACUCGACAUUUUUCACCGUGUUGGACGCCCGUCGUGCUACUGAACAUCUGUAGAGCAGAAUGAGGGCAUCCGCUAUUCUCUAGUGCGUUUUCUAUCUGGGAGCUUUAAUUGAGAACCACGGUGACAUCGUCUAUAAAGACGCGGUUUUGAAUUCUUUUUUUUAUUGGAAAACCUCGACUAAGGAAGCGAAAGACAGUGAGGACCUUCGGCGGAAUCCCUCUCCGCGCGUCCCUUGGGGACUGUGAAGUCAUUCGAGAAGUCACCGUCUUUUGGUCAAAUCGAUAUUAGUGUGUGUCUCAGGCUUCUUGAGGACAUUUAUUCGUGUAUUUGGCGUAUGUACGUGAGUACAUCCGUACUUGUAUCUGACUUGUAUCUGUGAGGACAUCCAUACUUGUGUGUGACUUGUAUGUGUGAGGAGAGCUGCCUUUUCCUUCCAACGACGCGCAACUCAACCCCUGUUUCGUCUCAGCCUGGUUCAUGCUUUUGUCUUUUUGACCACUUUGUUUCAAACCCACCCACCUUCUUGGGCUUUCUCCCCCCGCGGAAGAAUGCCGGAUCAAAUAUCGGUGUCGGAGUUUCUCUCCGAGACCACCGAGGAUUACAACUCUCCGACCACGUCCAGCUUCACCACCCGGCUCCAGAACUGCAGGAACACCGUCAACGUGUUGGAGGAGGCGUUGGACCAGGACAGGAUCUCCCUGCAGAAGGUGAAGAAGUCUGUGAAGGCCAUCUGCAGCUCUGGACAAGACCACGUGCAGAAUGAGGAGAACUACGCCCAUGCUCUGGAUCGGUUUGGCGGUAACUUCAUCAGCCGGGACAACCCUGACCUGGGAACGGCCUUCGUCAAGUUCUCCUCCCUCACAAAGGAGCUGUCGGCUCUGCUCAAGAACCUGCUCCAGAGUCUGAGUCAUAAUGUGAUCUUCACCCUGGACUCUCUGCUGAAGGGGGAUCUGAAAGGAGUCAAAGGGGACAUCAAGAAGCCGUUCGACAAGGCUUGGAAGGACUAUGAGGCCAAGUUCACCAAGAUAGAGAAAGAGAAGAGGGAACACGCUAAGCAGCAUGGGAUGAUCCGGACAGAGAUCACCGGAGCAGAGAUCGCUGAGGAGAUGGAGAAGGAGAGGAGACUGUUCCAGCUGCAAAUGUGUGAGUACCUGAUCAAGGUGAAUGAGAUCAAGACAAAGAAGGGAGUUGACCUGCUGCAGAACCUCAUCAAGUACUACCACGCUCAGUGCAAUUUCUUCCAGGAUGGUCUGAAGACGGCCGACCGGUUGAAGCAGUACAUAGAGAAGCUGGCUGCUGAUCUCUACAACAUCAAACAGACUCAGGAUGAGGAGAAGAAGCAGCUCACGGCCCUCAGGGAUCUCAUCAAGUCCUCUCUCCAGCUGGACCAGAAGGAGGACUCCCAGAGUAAGCAGGGGGGCUACAGUAUGCACCAGCUCCAGGGAAACAAGGAGUUUGGAUGUGAGAAGAAGGGAUACCUGAUGAAGAAGAGUGACGGGCUGAGGAAGGUGUGGCAGAGGAGACAGUGCUCAGUGAAGGGGGGCAUCCUCACCAUCGCCCACGGCACUUCUAACCGGCAGCCCGUCAAACUGAACCUGCUCACCUGCCAGGUGAAACCUAGCGCUGAGGACAGGAAGUGCUUUGAUCUAAUUUCCCACAACCGGACGUACCACUUCCAGGCGGAGGACGAGCAGGAGUUUGUCAUCUGGGUGUCUGUGCUGACCAACAGUAAGGAGGAGGCCCUCAACAUGGCGUUCCGCGGGGAGCAGAGCAGCGCCGGGGAGGGGGGGGGGCUGGAGGACCUCACCAAGGCCAUCAUCGAGGACGUCCUGCGGAUGCCCGGGAACCACACCUGCUGCGACUGUGGAGCGGCCGACCCCAAGUGGCUGUCCACUAACCUGGGCAUCCUGACCUGCAUCGAGUGCUCCGGGAUCCACCGGGAGAUGGGCGUCCACAUCUCCCGCAUCCAGUCCAUGGAGCUGGACAAGCUGGGCACCUCCGAGCUGCUGCUCGCUAAGAACAUCGGGAACAGUAGUUUCAACGAGAUCAUGGAGGGGAACCUGACAUCCCCCUCCCCCAAGCCCACCCCCUCCAGCGACAUGACAGCAAGGAAGGAGUUCAUCAACUCUAAGUACGUGGACCACCGCUUCGCCCGGAAGACGUGCUCGUCGGCCCUGGCCAAGAUGGUGGACCUGUGUGAGGCGGUGCAGUCCAGGGACCUACUGGCUCUGGUCCAGGUCUACGCCGAGGGGGUGGAGCUUAUGGAGCCCCUCCCAGAGGCGGGACCGGAGUCCGGGGAGACGGCGCUGCACUUCUCGGUGCGCACAGCGGACCACACCUCCCUGCACCUGGUCGACUUCCUGGUCCAGAACAGCGGUAACCUAGACAAGCAGACCGAGUUCGGGAACACAGCGCUGCACUACUGCUGCAUGUACCAGAAACAUGAAUGUCUCAAACUACUGCUGAGAGGGAAACCCACUACAGACAUCACCAAUCAGAACGGGGAAACGGCCCUGGAUGUUGCUAGGCGACUGCGGAACGCUCCGUGCGAGGAGGCGCUGGUGCAGGCUGCCGAGGGGAAGUUCAACCCCCACAUCCAUGUGGAGUAUGAGUGGAGCCUCCGUUUGGAGGAGAUGGACGAGAGCGAUGAUGACCUGGAGGACAAGCCCAGCCCCAUCAAGAAGGACCGCUCCCCGCGGCCCCAGAGCUUCUGCCACUCCUCCAGCCUCUCCCCCCAUGACAAGCUGUCCCUGCCGGGCUUCCUCAGCCACCGCGACAAGCAGCAGCGGCUGUCCUACAGCGCCUUCUCCAACCAGGUGUACAGCACCUCCACCGACCUCAGCUCCUCCUGCUCCCCCGUGGACGGACCGCCGCUGCCCCCCAGGAACCAGGGCAAAGCUCUCACCUCAUCCGGCCCCCCCUCCACCACCCCCUUCACCCCCGGGGCCAGCGCCACCCUGUCUAAGAAGAGGCCUCCGCCCCCUCCCCCUGGACACAAGCGCACCCUGUCCGACCCCCCCAGCUCCCUGUCCCACGGCUCCCUCAGCAGGGGGGCCCUCUCCGGGGGAAGUGACUCUACCCCUCCACCGAUGAACAAGAUGUCGCCCAUCUCUAACAAGUUUGAAGGAAUUCCACAGCCGCAAAGCUCGAAUGCAGCUAACACCAAGUCUACUCUUGGACCAAGAGUUCUCCCUAAACUACCUCAGAAAGUGGCACUGAGGAAGAUAGACACCAUCCAUCCAUCGAUGGACAAGCCCAGCCUGCCCCCAGAGGUCUUCUGCCACCUGAAGUCCCCGUCAGGAGCUGACACCCCCCAGAGGACCGUUCCCCUAGAGCGGCCUCAUCCCGGGGACCUGCCCCCCAAGCCCCAGCCCUCUGACCUUCCCCCCAAACCUGGUGAACUGCCCCCCAAGCCGCAGCUGUCUGACCUGCCUCCCAAGCCACAGCUCUCUGACCUCCCCCGGAAGCCCCAGCUGAAGGAUCUGCCCCCCAAACCUGUAACAGCUGAGCCUUCGACACGAGCCCCACCCGGGGAUCCCUCUCCAAAGCCCCAACCUUCAUCUCAGCCUCACUUCCAACCUCCGUCUCAGUCUCCAUCUCAGCCUCCUCCUCAGCCUCCAUCUCAACCUCCGUCUCAGUCUCGAUCUCAGCCUCCUCCUCAGCCUCCAUCUCAACCUCAACCUCCGUCUCAGCCUCAGUCUCAACCUUCAUCUCAGCCUCUAUCUCAGCCUCCAGCUCAACCUCCGUCUCAGCCUCAUACUCCGUCUCAACCUCCAUUCCAACCCCAACAUCAACCGCCCUCUCAGCCUCAAAUCCAACCCCAGAUUCAGCCUCCAUCUCAACCACAGCCUUCCCCACAACCUUCCCCCCAACCCUCCCCACAACCCUCUCCACAAUCCCAACUCCAACCCCUUGACCCUCCGUCACCCAAUCAGCAUGCCGAUGGGGUCAGCCUGUCUUCCCAGCAGUCCAGUGAGGAGACCAAUGGGAGCCCAGCGGGAGGCGCCGAGACGCCCGUGCCUCUGCCUAGAAAGAUCAACACGGGGAAGAGUAAAGGGCGCAGGGUGAAGACCAUCUACGACUGCCAGGCGGAUAACGACGACGAGUUGACCUUUGUGGAGGGAGAGGUCAUCAUCGUCACUGGAGAGGAGGACCAGGAGUGGUGGAUCGGGCACAUCGAGGGUUUCCCGGACAGGAAGGGCGUGUUCCCGAUGUCCUUCGUCCACAUCCUGAGUGACUGACCGCCAUCCCCCCUCUCUGUGAGCCCCGAGCGAGGGGCACAGAGAGGGGCCCCCUGGGGUGCGGUGACUAGCUAGCACCCCUCCCUCCCCAGCGGUGACGGGGGCUGUAUAAAGAAUGCAUGUGUUUUCUUUUUCUCUACCAGUAUUAUAUCUCUAUAGCAUGGCCCCCACCAGGCCACUCUCAAACCCUUAGCACUUACCUGAAGUCUACGUUUAUGCUGUUACCGUGUAUAUAUGUAUGUAAAUAUAUAUAUAUUUGUGUGUGUGAGUGUACAUACAUGUUUUAAUGUACAAAACGUGUACACGUUAACAUGGCCCUCGGCCUGUACGGGCAGAGGAGCACUAGUUUUAUUCAUAUUAAGUUCUACCGACCUAUUGAGUCAACCACUCUCCCUGAACGGGAACGGAGCAGGGACUGGGCCUUGAGGUAGGUCACGUGACCCCGCGCGUCUCUCCCGCGUUCAGAUUAAAUGUACUCCCUUGUCCAGCUUGCUUUGUGUGUACAUGUUUUACAGUGAGUGAAGGUACCUGCUGCUACUGUCUAUACACCAAGGCUUGUGGUACCAGUGAUUUCAACCCAUAUGAAGUUAACUCGGCUCACGUCCACAGGUGCUCCUUCUCUAACCACUAGUGCAAGGAGGAGUCCUGCAGUGAUCAUGUGGGACACCUCAGCAAUAUCCAGUUAGCAGCCUUCAAACAGCUCGUGUAGUUCUAGUCUUCACAAUGGGUGACUAUGAGCACCAGCGCGAUCUCAUGAGUUUGUAUCGUGUCCUACCAUCCCCCCAGUAUUGAUAGCUGGUCCUACACCACCACUAGAUGUUUAGUAGACCUGGUAUGACAUGGCCCCAUGCAGUUCUAAUGUACACAACCAUUUCAAAUCAUUAAAGUGCUGUACCCAAGUGCAUCUGGUCCAUUCUUUCAAAACAGUCCAGCUGGUUUACGUCAAGUGAAUCUAGCACAAAAUCUGUGGUUUUAGCGAGUGGAGGUUGACAAUGGACAUUGGAAACUCCAAACAGGUUUAAACAAGGUAUUGCAAAUCAAUAUUUACAAGCAGAUCCUUAUACCCAAAGUGACUUGUCAUUUUUCAGAAGGUGGAAGACAUUAAGGAUGUUCAUUGAACCAACUGAAAGAUCGCUUGGUCAAUCAAUUCCAUAUACAAAGAUACACCAUGUACUAUAGUACGAGUUCAAGUACCAGAACGCCUAGGUACAAGCCAUAUCAUACAACUAGCAAAAAUAUAUGGGUUUAGGUCUCGUUUAACUCCAAUUGUAAGGACAUUGAAUAUUUACAAGGUCAAUCAGCAUUUUUUUUUUAUUCAACUUUCAGUUUUCCCAUCACAAAUUAAAUGCCAUCAAGUGCCUAGUCUUGGGAACAAAAACAUUAAAACCAAUGUUUUAAGAGAACAUAAAUUAACAUUUGUGUUGCAACACAAAACUUGCUUAUAAUAAAAAUUAUAUAUACAUCAACUGAAGCCAUCAUACCAGAGUACUGGUAAAAAAAAAAAACUUAUUUAGACAAUUGGCUCUUCUGGGUCGAUUUCAAUGAGCUGGCUUUUUCAAUGGACUUGAUGACUCCGACGGCAACAGUUUGCUUCAGGUCUCUGGCGGCAAAGCGUCCUGUUGGGUGAAAAAAUAUAAAGAGUUAAAAUAUAAAUAGCUGAAAUGGCUCAAAACAAAUGAAAAGAUGUUGCAUAGUAAAUCUAUUCCUACGAAAACAAUUUAUUCUUAAGGGGGAACAUGGAAAAAGGAUAACAGAUGCCCUUGAAAGCUAGAUUGUCCUUUUCCCCCCCAAGUCACCAACUAGUAGGCUUCCUUAGCAAACAUUGCCAAAAGACCCGAUUGAUUUAACGAGGCGAGCUCAACUAAUAGGAGCCCGCUAGUUGAGGACUCACCCAGAGAGGGGUAGCUGAAGAAGCUCUCCACGCUGAGGGGCUUCUUGGGGACCAGUUUGAUGGUGGCCGCGUCCCCGGACACCAGGAUCUGGGGCAGGUCCUGCGUCUUCUGCCCACUGCGGCGGUCCAGCUUCUCCUUCAGCUCCUGGAAGCGGCAGGUGACGUGUGCGGUGUGGCAGUCGAGCACCGGGGAGUAGCCUGCCUUUAUCUUGCCCGGGUGGUUCAGCACGAUCACCUGGAGAAGGAGGACAGCAGGUUACAACCCCUUGUCAAGACAACAGUAGUGGCAGGGUAAUGUCAUCUAAAGCGUGAUGCGUUGGUCUAACAUACAAGUUUAUUACUCCCAAUGUAGCUAGCCCCAAAUUACCACAUAAAGCUGAUCCCUAGUGUUGAGAGACCUCCC